AUGGCGUUCUUCCCUGUCCUCCUCCUCCUCCUCUCCGUGGUCCAGCGUGGUUCCUCCCAGGACCCUGAUGAGGACUCGUCGGCAGUGCCCCGGGGGUGUGGCUGGGGCCUGGUGCGCCCCUACACCCUCCUCUGCGACUUGGACUCUGUUUGGGGCGUGGCGGUUGAAUCUGCAGCGGCCGGUGGUGCCCUGGCGGCCAUUUUACUGGGCCUGAUCCUCCUCUGCCGACUACACCACGUGAGCGAGGCGGAGAAGCGCAGCGGCGUGGGACCCAUUCUCCUCCUGCUCCUGGGCAUCCUGGGCCUGUUCGGCCUCAGUUUCGCCUACCUCAUCGAGCGUGAUGAGCAGCUGUGUCUCCUGCGCCGCGCCCUCUGGGGCUUGCUCUUCGCCCUGUGCUUCUCCUGCCUGCUGGUGCAGGGUGUGCGGCUCCGGAGGCUGGGCCGCGAGCGCCGGAGCCCGGGGGGCUGCGCUCUGACCGGCUUGGCCCUGGGGCUGAGCGCAGUCCAGGGGAUCAUCGCCGCUGAGUGGCUCCUGCUCACGGUGCUCAGGGAGGGCAGAGCGGCCUGCCAGUACCUGCCUCUGGACUUCUCCUUAGCCUGUAGCUAUGUGCUUGCACUACUGCUAGCCGCGCUGGGGGCGGCCUCCUUCGCUCUCUGUGGGAAGACCCGGCAGUGGCGCUGUAACGCGAUCUGGCUGCUCGCCGCCUGUUUGUUGUCCCUCCUCCUCUGGGUUGCCUGGGUGGGCUUCUAUCUCUAUGGUAACGCCUGGCUGGGGCGGUCCCCGGACUGGGACGAGCCAGCGUUGGCGAUAGCGCUGGUGGCUCAGGGUUGGCUCCUCCUCCUGUUCCACGCCGUGCCCGAGGCACACUCCUGUCUCCGCCCCCCGCCGCAACCCACCGCCCCCGACUAUUUUGACACGUCUCAGGCCCCGUCCCGCAUGAGGGAGACCAGCUUCGAUGAGGAAAUCCCCCUCUCACACAGGCAGUAUGCGGAGAACCAGGGCUACGGCUUUGACGAAAACACUGCAGGUAACAAGAGACUUUAACUUUCAAAUAUGCAUUAAAAUGUAUGCUUACCAGCUCAGUACAGCACAACUGAGGUUUUACAUGCAUGUUUCUGUGUAUGGGGUUGGAUGUAGAACAUUGUGACUCAGUGAUAUUACCAUACUGGGCUAAAAAUAACUAUAUAAGAGCAGUGGUUCUUGUUGUGGUACAAGCAGUGCCUGUACAGCAUGUGUUAAAAGUACAGAUUGGGCAUCUGUUCCUGUGUCUAUCUUAAAGUAGGAUGCAUGAAUGAGUGUGUUUGCAGUGUGUGUGUUUCUGAGACAAAAGAAGAGCAUAACGUUGUUCCUCUGCUGUGCCAGGUCUGAGGAGUGGAGGUAAUCAUAAUGGUAACACAGCGCCCAGACCCAGUGCCCCCUUCCGCAGCAACGUGUACCAGCCCACUGAGAUGACCAUGAUCCUGAAUGGGGGAGCGGUGAGUUCUCAUAUUGUACGUUUACACAUCCGACCACGCUUCACAAACUCUAUUAAAACUUGCAUUAUGAUCCUGAGCAAGAAAGCAGUGUAGACACUUACACAUACAGUACCAGUCAAAAGUUUGGACACACCUACUAAUUUCCCCUCUGAACAAUUGAUAUUGAGAUGUGUCUGUUACUUGAACUCUGUGAAGCAUUUAUUUGGGCUGCAAUUUCUGAGGCUGGUAACUCUAAUGAACUUAUCCUCUGCAGCAGAGGUAUCUCUGGGUCUUCCAUUCCUGUGGCCGUCCUCAUGAGAGCCAGUUUCAUCAUAGGGCUUGAUGGUUUUUGCAACUGCACUUGAAGAAACUUUCAAAGUUCUUGACAUUUUCCGUAUUGACUGACCUUCAUGUCUUAAAGUAAUGAUGGACUGUUGUUUCUCUUUGCUUAUUUGAGCUGUUCUUGCCAUAAUAUGGACUUGGUCUUUUACCAAAUAGGGCUAUCUUCUGUAUACCCCCCCAACCUUGUCAAAACACAACUGAUUGGCUCAAACGCAUUAAGAAGGAAAGAAAUUCCACAAAUUAACUUUUAAGAAGGCACACCUGUUAAUUGAAAUGCAUUCCAGGUGACUACCUCAUGAAGCUGGUUGAGAGAAUGCCAAGAGUGUGCAAAGCUGUCUUCAAGGCAAAGGGUGGCUAGAAUCUCAAAUAUGAAAUAUAUUUUGAUUUGUUUAACACUUUUUUGGUUACUACAUGAUUCCAUAUAUGUUAUUUCAUAGUUUUGAUGUCUUCACUAUUAUUCUACAAUGUAAAAAAUAGUAAAAAUUAAGAAAAACCCUUGAAUGAGUAGGUGUGUCCAAACUUUUGACUGGUAGUGUAUAUAGAAACAUACACUCACUCACUUGGGCAGUGAGCACACACACACAAGUUUACACACAGAUACACACCUGUCACACACUACCAUUCACAGGUAUACAAACUCUGAUUAUUAUUCUGCGCAAGAAAGCCACACAUAUUAGGUAUGAAGCCACAUAUACACAACACAUAUACACACCUUGCAUGCAUGCAUGCAUGCAUGUGUGUGUGUGUGUUUGUGUGUGUGUGUGUGUGUGUGUGUGUGUGUGUGUGUGUGUGUGUGUGUGUGUGUGUGUGUGUGUGUGUGUGUGUGUGUGAGGGAGGGAGUGGGUUCACUGGGCUGCAGACUAGAGCCAUCUCUUCAGUGUGAGUGAUGCAGCUGUGUCCCCGGCCCAGUCAGGCCCUCUAUAGCCCCAGGAUGGAUGGGUGAGCUCCCUGGCGCACGAUACUACCCUCCAAUCACCUCGCUAUAAAUAAACCCUGCCGACCUGGUAGAAUCUGGAGCCACGCGUCCAGAAAAACGUUGAGCCAAUGUUCAGCUUACGCUCUGGGAACGUUUUGAAAUGGCUCCCUCCCAGUCUCUGCUCUGACACCUGCCACCCACAUUAGAGGCAGAAUCUGAAACCAGAAAACAGCCAGAAAACACUGAGCCACCGCCCAGUUAAAGCUCUGGGAACGUUUUCCUGUGAACCAAAUGGUCUCACUCCCAGUAUUCUGCUCUUAGACCUGCCACCUACAUCAGAGUGGUAUUAAUGUGCUUUAG